AUGAGGAACAGCUACAACGAGCCCGGCGCCUACCACUCCACGCCCUACUACACCUACGAGCCCCGCCAUCCCGCGCCGCCGCCCCGCGUACCGCCACACUCGGCACGAUACAGGAACCGAUGGCCGCCUUCGCCCAGCGUCGAAGACGAGACGGCGGCGUUGACCCGCGAGGUGCGCUCGUCGGUGGGGUCGGGUUCGGUGGUCGACGACGGUGAAGCGAAAACGCGGGGCACUGUCGAUCAGUACCCCAUCAUCCAGGAGAUGGAGCAGCCCGCCAACGACGAGCGCCGCUUCGUGCUCGUGUCGGACCCGAUCCCAGAUGGCGGCACGCCAGGGGACAGGAGGCGCAGGAGCGUCGCCGACCGGGGGGGCAUGGCCCACUUGAAGACGGACCUCGAUGACGCGCCACUGGUCGCCGAACGCACCUCCACACCAUACGCCUACACGAAGCCGCAGAAGGAGUCGCUGGCGCUCUCGCCCGGCGAGUACUACUUGUCGCCCGAGACCGUCGCGCCCUCGUCGUCGAGCAUCCCGAGAUCCCUUCCCGCCCGGAACCGCACCGACGCGCGCGACCAGAAUACCAAGCCAGCAAAACAAGUUCCCCUCCCGGACUGGCAUGCGACCUAUCCCCCUGCGACCGACAGGUCUAGGCCAACCACGCGCCCUGAGCGAUAUGAGACUAUGCCAGUGCCGCCAAUGCCACAGAUCAAUGUCAAAAGUCCAUCCCCUGCAAGAGCAGCAAGGGCCGAGAACCCGUUACCAUACCCAGUUGAUGAUAGACCUACCGAAGCCUUCAUGCCACCCGAAGAACAGUUCCAGCACGACCACGCUUAUGCCUCCUACACACCUAUCACGUCAUCCCCAAGAAUGGACCGUCUGGACUCACCCAUCUUCAGCUCACCUCGCGAGCGCCAAUCAGGCUUUCGUCCUCAGCCUAGCAGCCGGAAAAACACCACAGAUGACGUGCCUCGCUCGCCGCGGGUGAGGUCUAACAGUGUUCGGUCACAGAACGAUGAUGACGGAGCGCGCAAAGAGAGAAGGACCGCUGUGCCUCUUAGCCUGGAUAGACCUCUGCCUUCCUGUCCGCGGUCUGAGCCAUCAUCCAAGUACACCGACUGGUAUACCCUCCAGAACUGUCCCAGCUUCGACAUCUGUCCUAGCUGCUACGAAGGUGUCUUCUCCGACACCCCGUUCUCGAGGUAUUUCACCCAAGGUCGUCGGUACGAGCGGCCCGUCGAGCGAUUUUGCGACUUCAGCAGUCCAUGGAUGCGGCUGGCCUGGCUUUUGACAAUUAAGCAACGUCGACAGUCCCCCGAUCUACUGUACACUCUCGCCACCAUCGCUGAUCAAGAGCGACCGUGCCCAGGUGACCGCGAGCUUGGAACGGACCAUGCUGUCUGGUACGGGGUAUCCGACCCCCGUGACGGUAUCCAUGUCGCCAACUUCGCCCUCUGUCCCUGCGAUCUCAGAAUGGUCGAAGAGCUCUUCCCCAGCAUCAAGGGCUACUUCACGCGCAUCCCAGCAAGCACCAGCCCUUACGCUAUCCCGCCAACAUACACGUGCAGCCUCCGCGUCAAGUCCCGCCGCUUCCCAAAGUACCUAGAUCUCCUUGUCGAGCUCGACGCUGAGGCCCAAGCCCACAACCAGCACCCGCACAUCGCCCGCUUCGUACAGCUUGCGCGUGAACACGCCUUCAAAGCCGAGUGCCAGCGCGACAAGCCGCUACUCCGCAAAGCGUGGCACUUUAUGCCCGUACUUCCCGAAUUUACUGUCUGCCAAGAAUGCUUCGACGAGCUCAUCUGGCCGCAUCUUGCGCCUCCUUCCUCAUCGUCACCUUCCACUCCAUCUACCAUUCCAAAGCUUUUCACCCGCACCAUCCAGCCCGUGCCCGGCGAAGACCUGGAGCUCGGGUCCAGCUGCUGCCUGUACAGUCCGCGGAUGCGCGCUAUCUUCGAGACUGCGGUGCGGGAGGAGAACUUUGGUUAUCUGGAGCGCAAGGCGCUGGAGAGGAAGAGGGCGGAGGUGCGGCUGGGACGGGAGAGGAGGGAUAUUCUGGGGUGGAUGGAUGGGUUGGAGAGGGGGACGUGGGAGUGGGAGAAAGCGAAGGUGGAGUUGAGGGAGAACGAGGAUGAGUGGAGGGCGUGGGAGUAG